AAAGCUAUCGUUUACAAUUUGUGUUUUGCGACUGAGCUGAAAAUCGUUGAUGAAAUAUCAUGACUUCCUUAACUUCUUCAAAUUUAACCGAAUUCUAUUUAAAGUUGAAAUUUCAAAGGCAAUGGGGAGUUGCUUUUCUCUCAUAAACCAAACCCCCCCCCCACUUUUGGCCUCCUCUGGGAACAUGUUUAAGCGAACAGAACACAGAAAUAUUUGACCUUGUACUGUCAAUUACACAGCCGUUUGCGUAAUUAUGUCAAAUUUGUUUUUGUUUCACAAAGUCUCGAGAAAUUUUUUCAAGUAGUCUUUCGAAAGAGAAGAAAAAACAGUCAGCACAAUCAGGUGAUAAAUUGAUGGUUUUAUGUUUGCGGUAAGCGUGUUUCCAUAUCUACACAGAUGAUUAUGCUGGAUUCAUUUCCGUAGACUCCGUUAGAGGAAAGAAUCGGUUAUUCAGAGAUAAAAGUGCCAUUGAAUCAACUUAAUACAGGAGAACUUCUAAGGACACCUUCCACCUUACGAUGGCCAUUUUCAAGCUCCGACGAACGCUCUGUGCAUUCUCAGUUCUCUUAAACUCUCUGCAAUGCCUCUGAGCGAUAGCAAAGGCCUUGCAUUACAGCACGUCUCCAUGCGAAGUGAAACACCGACUGAAAUACUGUAUUAAAAACUAUCAACAAGCUCAACUUUUUGAUCCUCGUCAGCUUUAUUUUGCUUAAGAGAAAUCGUCUUCAAUGCCAAAAGCGAAAGAUUUUUUUCAAUCUUACAAACCCAGUUUUCCUUAUUCUUUUUGUUUCGUCGCCACUGUUAUUCUAAUCACCAAUCACCGAUUACUGAUUUCCUUUUGACCGAUGUAAUUUUGAUUGUGUCUGAUGCGUAUCUAAAUACAACAUAAGCAUUUUCUUUCUUUGCAUUUAAAAUGUUCUCAACAACAUAUUACCGCCCUUUCCCCCUCCUCUGUACAAAGGCAAUUUUCCUCCGUCGCUGAAGUGGUUAUUGCUGAGAAGUUCGCCUGGAAAACAAGCGUGCGUAACAGAGUCGUGACCACAAGCUUUUAUUGUCUGGUCUGUGAGAAACGCCAACACAUGAAGGUUCUUCCAUCUGCCGAAAGGUUAAUUGAUCUCCCUAUCUCUUUAAUGUGCUAAGGCAAGUUUGUCAAAGCGUAUUCAGUAAAUCUUAGCAUCUUUUUUCUGUGGACAAAUGAUGAAGAAGUCUUCAGAAACUUCACUAGAAGAAUCUGUGCGUUGAUUUCGGGGUAAUGAGUUGACCCAUCUAUCAGUGUGCCAUUAAUCGAUUAAGUAAGCGUAGUCUACUCCAUUCGUAGAAGUUCGUUGACCGUAUGCCUGACAGAAUAAAUGAGUUUAAGCUUGUUUGCAGAAAUAUCAGAAAUUCGUCAAGGUUAAAUUCUUCCCAGCUUAUCAGGAGAAAUACCAAUGAUAGUACACAUUCACAGCAGGGCUAGGUUUUCCGGGAAAAUUUCAAACGCGUUCCCUGCCUUUCAUUGGUAUGCUUCCACAGAAGGAAUCGAUCAAAAGUGUAAUAGUGGUGCCAACUUACGAAGGUUCUAGAAGUCGCUAAUCGUCUCAAAAAAUAACUGACCUUGAGAUAUCAAUCUGGCGCCCUAUGACGGGGAGGAAAACUUGAAAGUUUGUCGACAAGUCAAUUUAAACGAAUAGGGGUCAGCUAACUCUCUUGAAAAUCCAGUCGUUAUUGGCUGUGAGGUUUUUCCGUAAUCGCUGGUAGGUGGGCUCGCAGACACCGCGCUAUUUUAGCCAGAAAUGUGUCUGGCAAAGUUAUUCUGAAGUAGAUACGAUCAACGACGUAAGUCUCGUCUAUCGACUGUAACAUGAAAACCCACUACAGCGUUGGCUUCAAGAUCCAAAAAAAAUGCCUUCUUUGGUGGUUGGUCAUUUUGUUCACAAUCCUCUUGGUCGUAGCGAUCGGAAUGUUAGUUUUUCUUUCACUCAACGCCAAAUAUAAUUUUGCGUGCGUGUUUGGAUGUGCGCCUGAAGCAAAAGCGACUCGCGCGCAAACAUUAGAAAACAUACCACCAUCUGUUGUCAUUACCGUCGCUGGUACUCAGUCAAGGCUCAGAACCUCGGAACAUGAGAGAAAAAACAGCGAGAACCCAACGCAGAAGCAAGUCACAAACACAGGGAAAAUUACGAAAGUCAUUGAGAUUGACCGCGAUACGAUUAUCAGUUCCAGAACUCCGAUUAUCCAUUCGAACACACCGCCAAGCGUCAGCACGAAAUCUGUGGUCAGAAACACAAACACAGAAGGCGGAAAGUCACGUUCACACUCCAGAUCUAGAACAGCGGCCAAUGUUACGCCGCAAGUUAGCAUCUACCCCACAAAGAAACCUCUUGAUAUUGUUGAUUAUAUCAACAUCACCGGGAAAAUUUCGUUCAAAGGAAAAGCUCCAAAGCGACUUUCCCGACCAUCCCGCCUAAUUGUAAAGUUUGAAGAAGGUUCCCUGGCUGAUGCAACUCCAGUUGUGCUCGCUAAAUCAGUCGUAGAUUUGUCAAAGUAUCGCCAGAGGAAACCUCUUUUUUACACAAUAAUUUGCAAAAGGCCUCCGUUUUCAGCAUCUUUUUAUACCAUCUCUGCGGUUUUUAACAAGGGAUGGAAACCAAGAAGGAAAAACAAGUGGAUCAGAAAAGGGGACUUCCUGACUGACACCAAUUUUAGGGUACACAUAAAAAAGAGCAAGACACUCUACCAAAGAAACAUUCAACUUGUUAAGUACAAGUAGUGAUAGAGAUCGGAGACAUAACGAUUUCAGAGCAUCACUAGAGCUCUUACGAACUAACUUUAACGAACCCGAGAGUUUAUGAAUAUGACUCUCCACUUACAAUUGUUUCUCGGAU